AUGAUGGGAAAUAAAAUUUCAGAAAAUAAACAAAGGCAAAUUAUUAUGUACAAAAAUAUAAAAAAUAAAAUUAAAAAAAAACACAACCUAGAUAUUCGAAGGAACAUUUACAUUUCUCUACUCAAAGAAAAAGAACUUAGCAAUGUCAACUCAGAAAUUUUUGAAGCCUACAAGGGGCAGGAAGAUAAUGGUUGUGGUGGGAUGGAUGAGAAUGGAGCCAUUGCGGAGAAGAGCACCAUAGGGGGAGAUGGUACGUACGUUAAAAUAAAUUUCAAAAAAAGGGAAACGCACAAUCAUGUGGGUAGAAAAUGUUCCGACGGAGGAAGACGCGAGGGAGGGAAACCCACCACAUUGAAAAAAAAGCAGCACCAUGGGUAUGGCGUCCAUGAGGAUAGCAACGGGGAGAGUUGUACUGGACAGCGAGACGACCACCGAAGUGACUCCCCAAAUGAUAAAAGACACUUCGAGCUGGAUUACGGCUUCUUCUUCACCGUGGAGGAAAGGUCCAGCGCGUAUUCCCAAGCGAGGAGUAGCACCUACGUGAAAAAAAAAAAAAAAAAGGAACGAAGCGACAUUUCGGAAGAGCGAAUUGAUGGGGAUAAUUCAAACUUCAAACGGGGAAACCGAAGAAAGGGAACCACGUUACGGAGGAAAGAAAGUAGUUUGGAAAGAAGCAGUAGAGUUGCUACACAAAAGGGUGAAAGUGUGCACAUGGUUGGCGAUGCAGAGGACAGUACCGUUGGGGAUAGCUCCAUCGGGCACACCUUCGAAUCGUGCAGUGGAAUGAGGAGCGCUACGCAGAGCCAGUCGGAGUGUGCACCAACCGGUCGCAGUGAGAACCGCGAUGAGUCUUCCUUCAAUUCGCUUUCGCUGCAAUUACUCCCGGAUGUGCCAACCACCCAGGGGGAAAAGCCAAUCAAGUCAAAGCAAAUCAAUACGGAUAAAUGCAAAAAGAGAGACAUUGAAGGACACGUGAACUGCUCGAAAGAGCCAAGUGAUACGGUGGGGAACAGCACAAGGUUCCUAAACCUAAUAAAAGGGAAGAACAUCUUGCGCAACAUUUUAUCAUUCAUGAACUGCAGGGAUUUGUUGGAGUUGCAGAAGACGUGCUCCAUGGUCUACGUCCUGGUGAGCGACUUCCUGGACUAUAUAUGCCUGCACAUAUUUUUAAAAUUUAAGAGAGCCUACGAGGGGUACUUCACUCCCUUCGAUUGCUUCUACAAGUACGAAGUUCUGUACACGGAUAAUCCGUCCUUCCGUUUAGAUUGCAUCUUGCUCGCGAAGAUAGAAAAGCGCGCUGUCGGGCACAACAACCGAUUCGGUUACAAGUACAAGUACCAGUUCGACGAAAAGAAGCAAAGCAGUUACCACGUGUACUACAAUUUCAACGUACUUAAAAAAAACGUAGCGAGAAAAAUAGAAAUACACAAAGACAUUUCGUAUAACAAUGGAGAUGAUAUUAACGUCUCGCACAUAAUCAGUAACGACGUCUGUGCGAAUGACUACAUUUGCAUCCCAAUAAAUUUAUUUAACAUUAUCGGAACUGUUAAUUUUCAUUCAAUAACUUUUUUGGAGAAUAAAUUGAGCAAACACGUCACCUAUAGUAACGGGUUGGACGACCAGCUAUGGUACGACAGGGAGGAAUACAAAACGCUGAUUAAGGAGGAUAACUUGGUUUCUUCUGAAUGUUUUCUUCCAUAUUUGAAGCACGUGAAGACGAUUUACUCCGGGAUCGACGUGACCGUUAUGAAGUCCACCUACAGGGCGGUCCAGCCGGGAAAGCUCGGCCGCCGAAGCUACGCCCUCUGGGGAAACCACUUCAUAAUCCAAAGCAAGCCAGACCCCGUGUUCGCCUUUCUGAAGCGGGAAGGACUGCAGCACGACUACAUUUACCAUAAUUUUUAUUUGCGUGUGGGGGACUCCAUCGUUUUUUACUUGAUCCGGGGCGGCAAUCACGAUGUCUAA